AGGUGGCACCUCGUCCUACCUUCUCGAGUCCUCGCAAGUCAUCUAUACUUUUUCACUUGUCGUCUGUGCGGACUCAAUUGACGGAUUGUUGUCGGCGUGAUCUCCAUUCUUAUUCUUCAAUUGGGUGUGAAUUUUUAUUAUUGCCUCUCUGCUAGUCCAGUCUCAGGAUUGCCAAAUGGUCACUCCAAGCAAAAAUAUUGUUGCUCCAGACAAAGAGAAGUGCUGGAAGUAGAAGCCAAUCUUGAUGACAUAUGGAUCAUAAACAAGAGAUCAUAAAACCAGAAUGUGUUUAUAUGUGUGACACUGACUGCUAUGAUCAUGUUUGGCAGUUCUAAACAAGAAAGCAAAAAAGCGUCUAGAGGAGGGACAUUAUGGUGAAGCCGUUAAGAUUUGGAAGUAUGUCAAGGGACUUGCCGAACAACAUCUUGAUAUGGAAGACAAACAGAGACUUGCCAUUCUUACUAAUUUGGGAGAUGCAUACUUAUCCAGUGGAGAGUAUGAGAGCGCUCAGCCUAUCUUAGAACAAGCUCUCAGCAUAGAAAGGAGACAGUUACAAGAAGAUCAUCUCCCACUAGCCUCAAUUUUGUUUUCUCUUGCACGCUGCUACUUUGUUCAAUCAAACUACAUCAAUGCGAUAGAAUUGUUGAAGGAGUGCCUGAUGAUACGUCAGAUACAGCUGCCACCUUAUCAUGUUGCAGUGGCAGGGACUAUGAAUGCACUUGGUGACUGUUUUAAGAGACUGGGGAAACUGUCUGAUGCUGAAAGGCUAUUACAAGGUUCACUUGCCAUUAUGAAAGUUGCUCUUCCAGGAGAUCACCUCGAAGUUGCAUCUACUCAGUACACUCUUGCUCAGUGUUUGGCCUUACGAGGUAGGCUAGUUGAAGCUAUCGAGUUGUUGAGAAAUUGUGUUAGAAUUCGUAAAAUGCUUCUUACUCCUCAGCAUCCUAAAGUGGCAACAAAUGUUAGUCAACUGGGAUACUAUUUAAUGAGAGUCGGAAAUUUGGAAGAAAGCGAAAAGUGCCUUAGAGAAGCUCUUGACAUUCAGCGACAUGCCUUACAUGACAAGCAUCCUUCUACAGCAAUAACUUUACAAUGGUUGGGAGAGUACCUCAUGACAACGGGACAGAACAAUGAAGCAGGAAAGGUUCUUUCCGAAGCUGUCGAUAUUAGAGAAACAUCUCUCAGUCAAGAUCACCCCACAAAAAUUGAUUCAUUGAUUUUAUGGUCACGUUGCCUUAUGAAUAUCACUGACUACACACGUGCUGAGCGUGCGGCACUGGAAGCUCUUCGAAUCAUCGACAUUAGCGAGCUGCCCAGCAACAGAAUUCAGAAAUCAGAAGUAAUGCGAUUACUGAGGCAACUUGCUGACUUCCAACAGUCACAGUCUGGUCACACAGUUACUCCUGAACAAGACAGGGAGCAAGUGAAAGAAGCUGAACAGCCAGAGGGAAGUGAGUAUGCAUUCAACAGUGAAAAGGCAUCAAUCGAGCAGCAGGGUCAUGAACAAUCUGAUCAACCUUUACCUGCACUGGGACGUCUCUCCAUUUCUGAUUUCUUGCAUCCAUUAUGGAUUGGUGGUACAUUGGAAUUGCUACGGAUUGGUAGCAGUGAUGGCUUGUCAUGCCACCAGACUGUUGACAGUGAGGGAGGGCAACUGAUUGCUGGCAGUGUCUGCAUUACUGUUCCACAGGGUGCUGUCGAAUCACCAACACAAUUCUCCAUUCACUCAUUCAUUCAUGAUAAGUAUAUGCCUCCCAUCUCUACUAGUGGCGACCAAGUGGCCAGUCCAGUCGUUUGUCUCGGUCCUCACAAUGUGUCAUUUAGCAAACCAAUCAAUGUGCGCAUCAAUAUCAUAGCUGAUGGGACUUCACCAGGCUGGUUGUUUACUCUAAUGAGAAGUGAAUCAUCUCUUGAUGAAACAGAGCGAAUAUGGCAUGGUGUGGUAGAGUAUUUUACUGAUACUCAGAAAGUGAAGUCACAUAUCCCAUUUAAUGCUAAGAGUUGGUCGUUUGAAGUGAGCAAGUUAAGUUGGUGGACGUGGAUCGCUCGUUUCAUCAAGAACCCAACUAUUCCAUUCAGAAGAAAGAUGGGAUGUGUAGUUCUGGGUCGAUGUCUUAGUCAUUUGUCUUGCAAAUGGUCACUGUCAGUCCAUAUGUUCAAUUCCUAUGAAGAAAUUGGGCAAGAAAUCAUUAAGAGCCAUCAAGCACAUGAAACGCUGCCUACUGCUCAGCUGUGUCCUGUGACAGAAUUCAUAGUUCGCAAGGAAGGGCAUGUGGUCAUCACACCUCAACAUGGCUCAGAGUGGUCGUUGUGUCGAGGCAAUGCAAAAGUACAGUAUCCAACCGAAUAUCUAUGGAGUAAAGCAUUUAAUCAUGAUCACUGCUUCACAUUUGUGGUUGAAGCAAAUGGUUCUCACCCUGAUAGUCUAGAUGUUCCUAUUCACGUUGAGUACAUUAGACAAGGCGAAGUGAAAUUGUGCGAAACCCUGUAUGCAGUUUCCAAGCUUCCUAGGACAAUCGAUCUUGCAAGUCCCAGUAUACCUUCCAACUUUCCAUCUCGAUCAAAUGAGGAACAACAAUUGUUUUAUUUUUGCAGUAAAGAGGGUUUACAUUCUUCUGGUCCUGCAUCUUUGUCAGCAGCUCCAAACAGAAAUGGUGCUCUAUCACAAGGAUUACUAAUCCAUCAAUUUGCAAAUGUGCAUACAGUCAGGCAAUGUGUUGUCAAUCCUAGCUAUAGUAGAGCUCAAGAACAAACCCCUUUGAAAAUUUCUCUUCCUAUUGGAAGUGAAGUUGAUCCUUCAACAGAUUGUACUCUUCGAUACUUAGAUCCUACCGAUCAGACAGUGAGAGAAGUGCAUGGACAAAUUGUGGAUAGUCGGACAGUAGAGACUAUCACUCCUGCUUGGCCACGUGCUGAUAGAGUAGAGGUUGUUGUGUUGUCUUCUGAUGGUCAAAGUCCCUUGAAAUAUCUUGUACAUGACUUUGUUGACACACCUUCAGCAGAGUUGAAACGUGACGAUGACAGCACUGCAGCAGCAGCAAGCCAAGAAGCAUACAAUGCGUGUGAUAAAUUGGAUCUAAACUCAAUUGUAUCAGACAAGCAAGUUUUCAAGGUUGGCAAAGCUGUCAGAAGUUAUUGGCGUGACAUUGGUAUUCACCUUGAAGUGGGCAUGGGAGAAUUGUCUGACUGUGAAGAAUGUUACUCUCGAAAUGAAGAUCGUUGUAUGCGUGUCAUGGAGCUAUGGAGGAAUAAGGUGAACAAACCAACGAUUGAAAUUCUCCUGGAUGCAUGCAGACAAGCAGGCGCUGGUGGAGCAGCAGAGAGAGCAUUGAAGAAUUAAGACAAAACAUCAAAAGUAAAGUUGGAUAGCACGGUAGUUACAGUGUGAGUUAAAUUUUGUAUUAGAAAUGUUUUCAAUGUUUUUUAUAAACUAUUGUCAAUGACUUUCUACUUGUUUCUAAGUUUCAUAUUUAGUACAUUUUAUAUCAAGGCUAUAAA